UACCCACGCUCGCCAGUCCGCUGUUGAGAUGCACUGGGCAGACCCGUCCUCGCCUCUCUGCUUGCAGUCACCAAGGUCAAGUUACUGCACCAACAAGAUGCGGGUGGCACUCAUGGUCCUCUUGGUGGCACUGGCGGGCGUGUCUCUCGGGAAAUUGGCUCCCCUCGAGAAGCCUUACAAGAUCCUCAUGCUGCUGCCCGCGGGGUCGAAGAGCCACAAGGUCUUCUUCAUGAGUGUUGCUGACGCCUUGGCUGAGCGGGGACACAAGGUGGUGAUGCUGUCUGGGUAUCCUGCGUCUUCCAAGAACCCCAACGUCUUGGAGAUCAACCACGGCCUCAAGGAGUUCGACGUCAAGAACAUGAACCUAUUUGACUUCCGAAAUGAUCCCACGGGAGGCUUUUCUAUCUUGGUGGACAUCCUCCCUGCUAUGGCCAAGAAACUCUACAAAAUCCCUCAGGUGAUGGAUCUGUACCACAAGAGGAAGACGUUUGAUCUCAUCAUUGUGGAUCAAUUGAUGAAUGAGAUGAUCUAUCCGUUCGUGCACGAACUAACGUACAUGACAAUAGCGGCCUUCGGGAUGGACGCGUGUCACAGCGCCGUGCUGGGCAACGUCCAGAACCCGGCCUACGUGUCUGGGAUGCUGGAGGAGUACCCGAGCCCACUCAGCUUGAAGCACCGCUUCCUGAACCUGAUGCAGCACAUUUUGAUGCCAUUUUACUGGAGGCACUGGUCUGUUGUGCCUAAAAUCCAGAAGGAGAUCUCGGAUAUAUUCCCGGACCUUCCGCCGCUGCUGGACAUCGAGCGCAACCAGAGCCUGACGCUGAUCAACUCGCACUUCUCGAUGGACGUGGCUGUUCCUCUGCUGCCGUCGCAGGUGGCGGUGGGCGCCAUCCACUGCCGCCCCGCGAAUCCCCUUCCGAAGGAACUAGAAGCCUGGAUCUCCGGCGCAGGACCCGAGGGCGUCGUGUACUUCAGCCUGGGAACCGUUGCUCGCGGUACCUCCAUGCCGACCAUGUACCGUGACAUGUUUGUGGAGGCCUUCAAGAGGCUGAAGCAGAGAGUCAUCUGGAAGUACGACGAAGAACUGGAGGGCGUCUCGGACAACGUGCUGAUGCAGAAGUGGCUUCCGCAGCAGGAUAUAUUAGGUCACCCCAACGUGAAAGUGUUCAUCACCCACGGAGGUCUUCUCAGCACCCAAGAGUCCCUGUACCACGCCACGCCCGUCGUCGCUCUGCCCAUCUUCGCGGACCAGCCUAAGAACGCGAUGACUAUUCAGAAACGAGGUGUUGGCGUCGUGCUGGUGUGGGAGGAACUGUCAGUCGACCUCAUCGUCGAUUCAGUUCAUGAGGUUCUAGAUAACCCCGAAUACAAGAGAAAUGCAGAACAGGUGAGGAACACAGUGCGCGACCAGCCGGACACACCCAAGGAACGUGCAGUAUACUGGACCGAGUACGUGGUUCGCCACCAGGGAGCGCCCCGCCUGAGGAGCCCGGCGGCGAAGCUCUCGUGGGUCGAGUUCCUCCUGCUGGACGUGCUGCUGGUGCUCCACGUCGUCGUGUACGUGGCCUUCUGCGUUCUGUCGCGGGUCGUGAGGGCGGUGAAAGGGAGGCUCUUUCCGGGCAGCUCCAAGAAGAAGAGGGACUGAGAGUGAUAUUUAGUACACACAUACAUACGUAUAUAUACGGUUUUAUGUGUGUGUGAGUGUGUUUGUGUG